GUGCAAAUGCCUGUCUGCGAUGGCCUACAAGCAACCAGGAGGAUUCGUGAAUACGAGUCUACGACAAAUCGCCACACUCCCAUCAUUGCUAUGACAGCGCAAGCCCUUAUAGGAGACGGAGUGAAGUGCAUAGAGGCAGGGAUGGACUCGUACAUGAGCAAACCU